AUGAAAUACGCCGCGAUCCUUCUCGCGCUCCUACCUGCCGCGCUGGCGCUGCCCUUCACCAUUCCGGCCGCCGCCAAAGCUGAGGUCAAGCGUGCGGAAAAUGCAAACGGACUUUUCCCCGUGAGAUACAGCAACGAUGUUGCCAAAGAUUCCGAGAAGCGCGCGGAGAACACAGGCUUCCCAGUGAGAUAUAGGAAAGAUCUUAUCAACGACCCACAAAAGCGCGCGCAAACACCUGGCCUCUUCGCAGUCAGUUAUAAGAAAGAUGUCAUUGACAGCACGAAUCCUGCCAAGAAGCUGGAGAAACGGGAAGCUGUGGCGCCGGAGGGACUGUUUGCUGUCAGUUAUAGGAAGGAUAUUAUUCCCUCGCUGGAAUAA